AUGUCGUCCCCCCUGCCAUGGUCAGGGCCUACCAUGAGAAAGAUACGUAGCUCUCCUAACCUCGGCUAUGGUCUGAAAGCUAACCUACUCAAACUGAUCGAUCACUACUCGAAUCCUCGCAAUGUCGGCUCUCUGAACCGCAAGUCUCUCGAUGUAGGUACCGGCCUCGUCGGCGCUCCGGCCUGUGGCGAUGUCAUUCGUCUCGACAUCCAGGUGGACGAGGCGACUGGAAAAAUCACCGAGACUCGUUUCAAGACUUUUGGCUGUGGCUCGGCCAUCGCUAGUUCAAGCUAUCUCACCACCCUGCUGAAGGGGAAGACCUUGGAGGAGGCCUCCAAGAUUUCAAACACCCAGAUUGCCUCUGAACUCUGCCUGCCCCCUGUUAAACUGCACUGCUCCCUCCUUGCCGAAGAUGCCGUUACCGCCGCCAUCAAGAACUACCGAUCAAAGAGAGCCGCCCCGGCUACCGAUCUUUCCGGAACGGCCAAGGAAAUCCCCAAGGAAGCCGCUGCUACUGCUUAAGGAGUAUUUGUGAAUAGUUUGUGCCGACGGGAGUUGUUGAUUUAUAUCCUGGUUUAAAAGUCUUGAGCCCUGAUGUCCAGAUUGCACGGGGUGGGGUUUUAUUCUAGUUCAGGAGUUGUACUUUAGUCCACGGUCGUUUUUCUAUAUCUCAUGGCGUUAAUGACAUUAGAUUCCCAAAAGAGAAAUAAACAUGAUUAUUUU